GUAGCUGUGCUCUUCAAACCGUGGCUACUUUUAUCUUUUCUCUACUCGUGACGAAGAGUGGUAAAGAAGGCUGAUGAAGAUAAUAACAACGUCUAAAUUACCCACCGAUGAUUCAGGAGUCGUGCCUCUUGGUUCUUGCCCAGCAAAAAGACCAGGAAUCUUUCUGCGCCCUUCGGCAGAAUUGCAAAAGCUGCAUUCAGACUCCGCAAUGUGUUUGGUGUUCCGCUUCGGGAUCUGGAUUGUCCAGAGGACCCAUCGGGCGUUGCGUGACUAGAGAAAAAUUUGAAAAGGAAAAGGACCUUUGGUGCUCUAACGAAAUGGUGAUACAAGAAGCUAGCACAAUGAAUGUUUUGGAUAGUAAACCCUUAAUGAACGCGAAGGGACGAGAGCCCGUUCAAAUUCAGCCCCAAAGGAUUCGUCUUCGUCUCAGACUCGGAGAGGAGUCCCGCAUCGAAGUCAAGUACAGCCAGGCAGAGGAUUAUCCGGUUGACCUGUAUUACCUGAUGGAUCUCUCGGCAUCCAUGGAGAAAUACAAGGACCAACUUUCGGAGCUCGGUUUCCGACUUGCCGAGGCCAUGAGCAAGUUAACGUCGAAUUUCCGCCUCGGUUUUGGCAGCUUCGUCGACAAAGUCGUGCUGCCCAUGACCUACAGGUCCAAGGACAGAGUGACCCAUCAGUGUAUUUUAAGCAGUGGGAAACCGUGUGCACCGCCUUAUGGAUAUAAAAAUCAGAUGCCUUUGACGGAGAACGUUGCGCUUUUCAAGCAACGGGUAAAGGAUGCGCCCGUUUCCGGGAAUCUGGAUGCACCGGAAGGUGGUCUGGACGCAAUGAUGCAGGCAAUGGUGUGCGCCAAAGAAAUUGGAUGGAGGGAAAAGGCUCGCCAUCUGCUCGUCUUUUCCACGGACGCGGGUUUUCACAUAGCCGGCGAUGGAAGGCUCGCUGGAAUAAUCGAGCCGAACGACGGUCUCUGCCACUUGGACACGGAAGGAUUUUACAAUUACUCCCUUCUUCAGGAUUAUCCUUCGAUCUCUCAAGUCAAUAGGAAAGCUCGGGAGAACAACGUCAACGUCAUCUUUGCCGUUCCGAAUUAUGAAAAUGAGACUUAUCAACUUUUGAGUCAACGAAUCAGCGGAUCAGCCAUCGGACUUCUUGAGAAAGAUUCAAAAAACGUCGUUGCUCUAGUUAGCGGGGAAUACGAGAAACUCGUGAAUUCCGUUACCAUGACUGACAAUGCUCCUCGACUGAUCGACAUUAAAUAUUAUUCGAAAUGUCUUAACGCAUAUGGAGAAUUAAAGGAGCGGAAGGAAUGCGGCGGACUUCGCGUUGAAGACGUCGUGAAAUUCGAAGUCGCCCUGAAGGCUACCGAGUGUCCAGAUAAUUCGAAAGAAUGGACGCAAAUCGUGCAAAUAAAGCCCGAAGGAAUCAGCGAAAGUCUCGUCAUCGAGGUGGAGGUCAUCUGCGACUGCCCCUGCGCUCGUCCAGGACAUCCCGGGUAUAUUCCGGACGCGGAGGAGUGCAAAGGAAAUGGAACGAUGAUCUGCGGCGUGUGCUCCUGCAGCGAGGGGUUCUACGGGAAACAGUGCGAGUGCAAAGUCUCCGAUGUCAAAGAGGAAAAAAGUAGCGUCAUUGAAGAUUGCAAACCGAGUAACGAGACCGACGAGAUUUGCAGUGGUCGCGGGACUUGCAAGUGCGGAGUUUGCGAUUGCGUAAAAAGAGUGAAUCCUCAAGAAAUGUUCUACGGGAAGUAUUGCGAGUGCGACAAUUUCUCCUGCAAACGCAGCGGCGGACUGGUCUGUGGGGGACGUGGAAAGUGCGAAUGCGGAACAUGUAAUUGUCUUCCCAGCUGGGGCGGGGAAACUUGCGAUUGUAAAGAAACAAAUAGCACUUGUACACUUCCGGGAGAAGAUGCAGAAAUCUGCAGUGGAAGAGGAGACUGCAUUUGCGGGACUUGCCAUUGCCACGAGAAGGACAAAAUUCGAUACUCCGGGCAAUAUUGCGAGGAAUGCCCAACGUGUCCUGGAAAACGAUGCGAGGAAUUGAAGGACUGCGUCGAGUGCAAGGCUUACAAAAGCGGACCUUUGGCAAUAAAUCGGGAAUGCGAUUCCUGUCUUCACCAGGUUGACAUUACUGACAAAAUCGAGGACGAUCCUACGGCGGUUGAUUACGCGAACGCUCAUAUCUGUCGUGCUCCCGCAGAAGGGGGAUGCACUUUUGCAUUUAAAUAUGAACAUUACAGAGGUGGAACAGGGGGGGAUAUCAAGAUAUUUAAAAUUACGGCUCAGAAGAAGAAAGAUUGUCCCGUUCCGGUCAACGUUCUAGGGGUCGCGGUAGGAGUCAUCAUCGGCACGGUGAUUCUUGGUUUCCUGAUUCUUUUGGUAUGGAAGAUCCUCACUACGAUCCACGACAGAAGAGAAUAUGCCAAGUUCGAGAGACAACGCGCGUUGGCAAAAUGGGACAGAGGGGACAAUCCACUGUACAAGCAGGCGACGUCAACUUUCAAGAAUCCGACGUUCAGUGAAUAUUCCAAAAUGGAUAACAAUUAAAGAAGAGAAGAACCCUUGGAUAUUUCUGCAUCCUUGCAAUGCAAAUGAAGUACUUUGUAUUCGUUGACGCGGAAAGAGAAAAAAUGUUUUCCGUGAUAAUUUAAAGCUACAAAAAAACAGAUACGAUACUUAAUUUUUCGAGGAACGUGUUUCC